AUGGUAAACUGCCAGCAGGAGGUGAAGACACCAAAAGUGUACAGGCGGCCAUCUUAUGACACUCUGUGGACAUGCUCCCACACAUGCCCAUAUGUGCCCAUAACAACACUUCCAGCUUUGGACACUGGGGGCAGUAGUCUGAAUUACGACACUGCACAUUCUGAGGUUGUCCAUCAACCAGACUCAGUGGUGACCGUCUCUGUUGGUGAUAAUGUCACUCUGCGUUGCUCUGUUCUGAAAGAAGAUCAUAGUGAUCCAAUUGUUUGGUACAAGCAAACUUCAGGACAUCAACCACGUGUUGUUGUACUGGUUCAGAAAUUUGCGGGGAAACCUCAGUUCUAUAAUGAGUUUAAAUCUUCACGUUUUACUAUUGAAAGAGCACAUGAAAUCUGUCACUUAAAGAUUUCAAAUGUCAUUUCAUCUGAUAAAGCAAUGUAUUACUGCGGCUGGAGAAAGUUUGAGACCGUUUUCGCUGGAGGCACAUACUUGGCUUUGAAAGGGUCACAAAACAACCAACAUAAAUUCAACGUGUCUAUUCACCAGCAUCCAGUGACGGAGUCUGUCUACCCUGGAGUUACGGUGACCCUGCUGUGCUCUGUGCUGUCUAAACACACAACAGCAGAUAUGAAAAUGUUCUGGUUCAGAUCUGAUUCAGGGAAAUCUGUUCCUGAAAUCAUGUACACUCGUAAUCAGAGUGAUCAAUGUGAGAUUGAUACUUUUAGGCAGAGUUGUACAUACAAUCUCUCCAAGAACAUUGUCAGCCAAAAAGACACUGGCACUUAUUACUGUGCCGUAGUCACCUGUGGAAAAAUUCUGUUUGAAAAUGGGACAAAAACAAAUAUGGGGUGCGCAGACAGACCAUCGCUCUCAUAUAACAUCAGCUAUGUACAACCAAUGGAUCCUGUAGUGAUUGUCUUGGGAGAAUUGUUGGGUGUUUGUAUGGCUUUGAUCACUAUUCAAGCUGUUUUAAGUCAUAAAAAGAAAAGACAUUACUUCAACACAGUGCUGCAAGACAUUGAAAAAGAACAUCCGUCCAGUCAGGACUGUGAUGCAGUGCUUUUGAAUUAUACUGCAAUUCAUUUUAAGGAGAGAAAAAUCAGAAGAGGGAGAGUUAAGGGAGAAGUACCACAGGACAGUGUGUACACCUCAGUGAAUUAUUCUGUAUGUUACUGACCAUAAAUUAAAUAAGUAUAGAUCCUAUUACACAGGAAAUUUAACUAGGCCUGAUUCUCUCGCAUUUGUAGCUAAUAUGUCUACCUUGUAUUUUGAUGAUAAUUUUGUAGCACUAUAAUGGUUUUAUUUAAGAAAAGUAGAAAAUAUAUUUGCUGCACAAAAGGAAAUGUAGGCUUCCUGUUAUCUGAAAGCAUGUCAUAUCAGACAUCAGUCAUCAGUCAAGGUGUGAUGGAGGCGUUAAACUGAAACCACAUGUUUACACACACACACACACACACACACACACACACACACACACACACACA